CUUUUUCUUAGAUUCCUCAAGGAUUACUGUGAAAAGGGAUCCUUCUCUGACUUAGACCUCAUUGAUAAUUUGGGACCAUCCAUGCUGCUUAGUGACCGUCUGACAUUUCUUGGCAAGUACCGAGAAUUCCACCGGCUCUACGGCGAGAAGAGGUUCUCUGAAGCUGCCAAGUUGCUUCUGAUGUUGAUGACUGCCCAUAUUGCUCCUUGCUCCUUCUGGAUGACCCUGCUGACAGAUGCUCUUCCCCUGCUGGAGCAGAAAGAGGUCAUAUUUUCAGCAGAGCAGACUUACGAAUUGAUGAGAUGUCUGGAAGACUUGACAGCAGGGAAGUCAGAUAAGCAGAAAUUCCAGGAUGAUGAUGUUGAGACUAUGAAAGUGGAAAUGCUGAGACUUGCUCUGGCACGGAAUCUUGCACGAGUCAUCGUCAAGGAAGGCACAUUGGAAGGAUCUUGAAGAGACCAAGAUGCUAUUUUACUCUUCCUCGGCGGUUCACUGUACAUAAACCUGACUGCUUUUCUAAGAAUAAAUAUCUUGUUUUGCA